AUGUCGGGACGCGGCAAGCAGGGAGGCAAAGCUCGCGCCAAGGCCAAGACCCGUUCUUCUCGGGCCGGCCUCCAGUUCCCCGUGGGCCGAGUGCACCGACUGCUCCGUAAGGGCAACUAUGCUGAGCGGGUCGGGGCCGGCGCGCCGGUGUACCUGGCGGCGGUACUGGAGUACCUGACUGCCGAGAUCCUGGAGCUGGCGGGUAACGCCGCCCGCGACAACAAGAAGACCCGCAUUAUCCCGCGUCAUCUGCAGCUGGCCAUCCGCAACGACGAGGAGCUCAACAAGCUGCUGGGCAAAGUGACCAUCGCUCAGGGUGGUGUCUUGCCCAACAUCCAGGCCGUGCUAUUGCCCAAGAAGACCGAGAGUCACCACAAGGCCAAAGGCAAAUAA